AUGGAAGAGAGGCUCAAACUGAGCCGUGACAGCACGUCUUCUCCUGUCGACGCGGCUGAGUACUGGAGACUCAUCGGCAGCCUCCGCUACCUCGUCAAUACAUGGCCGGAACUGGCUUUCUCAGUCGGGUUCGUGAGCCGCUUUAUGGAGCAGCCUACCUCCGAGCAUAUGACGGCCGUGAAGCGCAUCCUCCGUUAUAUUGCGGGAACAAGUUCUUUCAGCUUCCACUACAAGAAGAGAACAGGGAAAGCGAAAGCUCGGUUGAUCGGCUACAGCGAUAGCGAUCACGUCGGCGACGUCGACACACGCAAGGGCACUUCUGGCAUCCUCUUCUUUCUCGGCAAGAGCCUGGUCAGUUGGCAGUCACUCAAGCAACGCAUUGUGGCGCUGAGCUCUUGUGAAGCAGAGUACAUUGCUGCUACGACGGCAACCAGUCAAGGCGUUUGGCUGGCUCGAUUGCUUGGAGAGCUCAAAGGAAGGGAAGCUGACACCACGGAACUAGGGAUGGACAACAAGUCCGCCUUGGCGCUGAGUAAGAACCCCGUUUUCCAUGAAAGAAGCAAGCACAUUCAGACUCGCUACCACUACAUCAGAGAGUGUGUGGAGAACGGGAGCAUUUGUGCUAGUUUUGUCAGCACAAAAGAUCAGCUCGCGGACAUCUUGACAAAGGCUUUAGGACGAGUCAGAUUCCAAGAGCUACGUACGAGGAUUGGCAUGGUCCAAAUCAAUGUCAAGCCUUAG